AAUGGCACGUCCUGCUCUCUGCUACCACGGACAUUUGAAAGAUCAGUCAUUGGAUUUAAUCAUAUUUUUCUUCAUGGACAACAUGUGAAGUGUAGCUACAGCUUUCAAUAACAGUGUUGUUCUGAAUACAGGUGCUGGUAUCGAUACAGCUUGUGUCUACUGUACUGUUGGCAAAAGCAGUCUAUUUGAAGCCGAGUGGGAAUGAUUAUUUAGAAAAGGUUUCAGUCUGCCAUGAAUCAUCAUCAUAAUCCAUACACAGCAGGACAUCAAAGGUUGAUUUCCCUCAAGCCCUGACAUGUUGACGUCUCCGUAUCCAGGCUACCAUCACCGUAGCAAUAGAAGUUGAAGGGAAAAAAAGUGAGGGUGCAGCCUCCUCUGACAUCACUCAAUGACAUCACACAAGAUAUGUUGGUCCUAUUCUGGUUACUCAAAGUUCAGGAAAAACGAGUUGUUUGGUGGUUGUGACCCCUCUAUUAUACCAUGGGAGACCCUGUGCCUUUCUCCAUCCUGAAUGAGAGACUGAGACCACAGUUCACUGCCAUGGAACAACUCUGCUACUCCCUGCACACCCUGGAAGAUGGACACCAGCUGCCUGGCACUGUCAGUGGCAGUUCAACCACACGGUCUACAAUAUUGAGCGAUGAAAGACAAACACAGGACGAUUCAAGCUCGACCAUGAUCGAACCAGAGGAUGACCCAGAGAAGGAGGAUGUGGUCACAGAAGGGUUGACUUCGCAGACCGAAGAGGGGGACGACUGUCAUGAUCUGUUCACUAUGACCAGUACCUGCUUGAUGCCGUCUUUGACCGCAGAAGAUGCUGGUCCUGAUGGUUCUGGUGAGCUGACCGUGGUCAAGGAGAGUUUGGCCAUAGAGAAUGGCGAUCCAGGUGUUUUGACCAUGGUCAGUGAGGAUAAGAGCCCUUUCAGACGGAGCAACGUAGACAGAACCUUACCGGACCUCAUCAGGAGUGGACAACAGCUCGGCAGACGCAGAACAUUAGGACCAGUCUCAGACACGUUGAAGGAAGUGCGUCGGGAGGUGGCGUUGUCAGUUAGACGCAGUCUGAGGCUGAAGGCUCAGGUGGACAAACUGCAGGAGAACAGAGACCAACCGGCAUGGAGCCAACACAGGGAGAAGGUUACAGAGGAGGUUCAGUCCGUUCUGAGGUUGUUGCUUCCUCUGACAGAAGCAGAGUCCAGCACAGUAGAACCAUCUGUUCAGGAGAACAGUCUGGAUACAGCGCUGGUCCUGCUGCAGAACGUCGCACGCAAACUAGCUCUCAGCCACACAGCACAGGAUUCCCAAUUCUGGGUUAAAGGGAAUGGUGUGGAUGACAGUGCUGUUCUACAACAGGCAUUACGGGACAGAGACGAUGCCAUGGACAAUUUUUUUUCCCCCUUCCUGUUGAACAGGAAGAAGGCCAUGGAGGCGGAGCUUCUCCGCAGUAAGACAGAGAUGAUGUUACUGAACAACCAGCUGUUGGAGGCUGUGCAGAAACGACUGGAGCUCUCACUGGAACUAGAGGCCUGGAAGGACGACGUCCAGAGGAUCCUGCAGCAGCAGCUCCAGAGCCAGCAGGCAGCAGAACAAGCCCAGAGGAAACCCUCCCGUCUGGGGCUGCUGAGGAGGACUAAAGAACCCCCACACCAGAGGCCAGCCUCCACCCCUACCACCUUAACCCACACCCCUGGACAGGUCGUCCAUACCCCUGCCCCCUCGCCGGCCCCACAACGCACCCCUGUUACCUGGAGGGACAGGCUGAAGAGGGGGAAGACGGGUCGUCAUGGUGACCAGGAUGCAGCGCAGGCAUCACCGGUGUCGCGGUCGUCGAGUAGCAGCAGCAGACCGGAGGGGUUUCAUACCAUAGACUUAUAAUACAACAUAACAUGAGAGGGACAAAUCAUAGCUACUUUCUACAUUUUUCAAACUGUUGAUUCCUACUGGGAGAGAUACAUGGAUUGAGCUGAUAGUUGACAUGAAUUACACACAUUCACAGGGAGAUUAAUUCUCUACUUGAGGAAAACAUUCUUCAGUGUUAAUGGUUGCCUUCAUACUAGGACAUUCUGUGUCUUGGUUGCCUGCAUAGUACAUUUGGGUUGUAGAGUCCCUCCAACUGUAAUCAUUAAUUUAACUAUAACGCGUGUCUUUGAUUAAAGUAAUUUAAACGUC